UUGUCCCGCUUGGUCUCCUCCGAGAAGCGAAAGAGGAGCCGUUUACCGCGGACGGAAAAUCGAUUUCGCACUUGUCCAGAGCGCGUAACGGGGCCCGACUGGAGGAGUUUCCAAAGACGCCUCGGGUGCCGGAGUCGCGCCGAAUGAAUGGAGCCCCGGUCAAUGGGGUCCACGGCGUCGCGGCCAGAUGGCCCGCGCCCUUUGCGAGCGUCUUCGCCUCGGGCCGCCACCUUAUAAAUAAUCGUCGCAUUGUGCCCCGCGGUCCACGGUUGCGGGCACGCCUUUCAACGCGGCCUCUUCGAUUCCAUUAUGGGCCACCCCACUCGACGUUCCCUGAUUUAUGCCCGUCAUAACCGGAUUGAUUUACCGCGCCCUCGAGAAGACGAGCGCCGACCGAGCGGUCCCGCGAAUCGACGACGCUCGCGGGUCAGGAUCGGCUGUCCACGCCCCUGUCGCCUAUCUCGCUCCUAUCGCCGAGGGGCGCGCUCCCCCGGCCCUCGCGAGCCCCAUAAUAGGACCCACCCUCCGGAACCACUCGACUGCGACCGCACGGGUACCGCCCCUGGGAUGGCGGCCUAAAUUUUAUUAUGUUCUUACGCUCGAGCGAUUACGGCUAACCAACGCGCCGACGUCUGUCAUUUAUAACACGGCCAGGACGGGGUUCUUCCCGAAGCGGCGAAACGGUUUCCAAAGGAACGCGGCCGUACGUUCUCGCGCUCGAGCACGGAGAGGAAGAGAAAGCCGCCUCCGCGCGGGGCGGCGCUCGGUCCCGCUCGGUCCCGCUCGGUCCGAGGCGCGGGCCCGUUGAAUCGACUCGGUCCUCCGCUCGACCGCUCCGGCACAAAGGCAGAUCGAGCGACGAAACCGAGAUGUCGGGAGAUCGCCUCCCGAAACCCGCCUCGACGCCUCUCCGAGCGCGCUCGAGCCCCGGCCCAGGGGGUGCGGUCCCCUUCGCGGUACCCUUCGUCCUAGUCCCUCCACCCGUUUGCGGUCGCGGCCCGACGCCGAUUAGACCGGCGCCAGUAUCGUUUCGAGUCUUUCGGCAAGCGGUUCUCCCCCUGACCGCGAAGAGCGACUAGGACCCGCGAAGGCAUGCGCGCCGGCACGAGCGAGCCGAUCUUCUUCCGACCCUGGCACGAGGACGUCCGACCGGGGCCCUCCGCGGAGGGCGCGCGACUCGGCAUCGACAUCAGCAACGCGUCCAAGCCCGAGCCCGUCGACCGGUGGCCCAGGAUCUGCGAGGGCGGCCCGCCCCCGGUCGCGGUUCCGCCGCUGCCGGCGUUCUCGCCCCUGUCGAUUCCCUACGGGUCACCCCCCGCGAGCUGCUUUGCCUUCGCCGACGACGCCCGCCUCCUCCUGGAGGACGCCGUUGCGUAUGUCCGCCGCAGGGACGCCGUCGAGAGACGCGCCAAAAAGCUGCGUCCGAAGAAGUUCCGAUGCGAGCAUUGCCACGUCUCCUUCAGCAACAACGGCCAGUUGAAGGGUCACACUCGCAUUCAUACAGGUGAGAGGCCGUUCCGUUGCGAGGUCGAGGGCUGCGGCAAGUCCUUCACCAGGAACGAAGAACUGACGCGGCAUCGACGCAUCCACACGGGCAUGAGGCCGCACUCGUGCAACCUGUGCGGUAAACGCUUUGGCCGCAAGGACCAUUUGAAGAAGCACUCGCGGACGCACGAGAACCGCGGAGCUCUCCGCGUGCCCAGCUGGCCUCCCGGGGGGUGCUGGCUCGCCGACCCGUUCACCGACCCGUUUGCCGCGACGCUCGCCGCGACGCUCGUCCCGUCGCUCGUCCCGUCGCUCGUCCCGUCGCUCGUCCCGUCGCUCGUCCUUUGAUCGCCGCAACUUUGUCGAACCGAAGGAGCGUCGACCCAAAUCGAUUUGACUGACUGUAAGUUUUAUUGGUUCUGUAAUGUGUAAAGUAUUCCUAUAAAAUGUACAAUAAGCUUCUAUGUUACAAAGACCGACGCACGUGGCGUCAAAAUGGUGGCGAAAAGGGCUAUCGAGUUCUGCUUUUUAUUUCUACAGUUUCAAAGUUACCUCGCGCUCGCUUCACGGAUUUGACAUCUUACCGAUCUUCCGAUUAAACGUUUCAUCCACCGUUA